UUUUUUUUUCUCAAUUGAUUCAACUCAUUUCACAUUCUCAAGCUCUCUCCAUGACAACUGUUAUUGCAUCGCCCAAGCCCGUCUCAGUCUCGGGACCUCGUGUGAAGGUGGAACGCAAGACCUCGAUGUCUUCUUCUUCUUCUUCAACUCGUAACGCCUCCACCUCCCCUUCGGCUUCGGCUUCUACUUCUGCUUCUGCUUCUGCUUCUGACUCGGCCACAUCUCCUAAACUUGCAUCACGCUUGCCUUCCAAUCAGCGGUUUUCGAAUAUUCAAUCAAAAGUUGGUUCAUUAGAGCAAAUCCAUUACAAGCCAAAACCUUCCGAGAAGAAGAUCCAAUCUUUUGGCAAACAAGACUUUUCGCACAUUAAGCCUAAAGUCGAUGCCAAAUUAGCUCUUCCUACAUCCAUUCCUGUCGAUUCAGGAACAUCUGCAGGUGAAACUCACGACAAUGACACAUUGGCCCCUGCACCUACAAAGUCUUCUAUCUCCUCUAGAAGAGCUUCUGCUAGUGCUAGCACAACUGUACCUAAACUUCCUCCAUUCGUUGUCACUACCGGCCUAAAAAGUACAAGGGCUACAGCGAACGAACAACAAAAACCCCUUUCUCCUACUGCGCGGCCUUCCACAGCAACAAUAGUAACAGCAACAGCGACAGCUACCACUGGGGCCACAACCUCAAUAGUUAGUGCAGGAGGCGUUACGCCAAAGCCAUUAUCUCCAAAUAAUUCUCGAAGAAGCUCAGCCCCGGCUGGUUCUUCUGUGGCCAGUCCACCAAAGUCGCCUACUAGUCCCACCCGUCGAAUCUCCAAACAUAUUAUCCCUACUCAAAAGCUCGUCUAUGACCAUGUCAAGUCCAAGGUCGGCUCGUUCGACAAUAUUGACUAUAAACGUGGUCGCGCCGCAAGUCAAACGUCUGCUGGCAGUGCAGAUGAAAACGAUCCCAACUACAACAACAGCACUCGCUCUCGCUCUCCCAGCGCAAGGUCUUCCACAUCCUCGAACGGUACUUCUUCCACUAGUCCAACAACAACCACUGCCAGUCGACGGUCUUCUUUCAAAAUUUCUCCUCCGAAAAAGGUGGAUUAUUCUAAAGUCAAAUCCAAGGUGAACAGCUUGGAAUAUAUUAAUCACACUCCACAGGGAGGUAAUUUGCGAAUCUUUAGUGAAAAGCUAGCUUUCCGAGAACAGGCUCAAUCCAAGAUUGCAAAGGAGAUCAAUUCUGUGCAGAUUCAUGAUUAUUCUCGUGAAAACUCUAUUCAGGAAGAGCAUGAGCAUGCGGAAAUGGACCACAACUCAGUGGAGCAGGAGCAUGCCCAGAAUCAGGAUGGAAGCAUAAUCUAUAGUUCGGAUAUGGAGCAUGAAGAGUUUGAGCCACCCAAGAAUAUCCUCUCAGUCUUGGAUGAAGUGGUUGAGAAUGUGGACGGACUUGAACUCGAUGGUUACCAACAACAGGAACAAAUGUUUGCACAACCAAAUAACGCACAGGGUGCGCAAUCGGAGCCUGUCGUAGUCUUGUGA